AUGGAUAUGUGGAACAAUAUAAGAAGAAUAAUUCAAUUAUAUGACGAUGAGGAGGACAAUGAGAGUGUCUUAAUAUUUGCUGCUCUUUUAGAAGAGCAGAACUUUUAUCAAAAGAGGCAUUGUAGGGAUUCCAUUUUACAAGGGGAAACAUAUGUUAUGGAGAUUUUAAACGGCCAUAGAGAAAGAUGUUAUGAAAAUUUUAGGAUGUACCCUGAAGUUUUCAGAACAUUGUGUAGUACCCUGAAAGGUAUAGGGCUGAAGGAUUCUAAAUUUUUAACUAUUUAUGAACAAGUGGCAAUCUUUUUGCUCACUUUAUCUCAUAAUCAAAGGAAUCGUGUUGUAGCAGAGAGAUUUCAACACUCCACUGAAACCAUUUCUAGACACUUCCAUGCUAUGUUGCAUGCAGUAUGUCAGUUGGGCACCCAUAUCAUUGCCCCUCCUAAUUUUUCUGUGAUUCCGAAUAAGAUUAGAGAGUCUUCUAGGUUUUACCCUUACUUCAGGCAUUGUGUGGGAGCUAUAGAUGGAACCCACAUUCCUGCAACUCUGCCAGCAAGCUCAGCUAAUGAUUCGAGAAUCCUAAAUGAGUAUACUGAAAAUGAGGCAAUGAACUUUCCAGCUCCACCAGCAGGUAAGUAUUAUUUGGUGGACUCAGGGUAUGCCAAUAAGCCUGGUUAUUUGGCCCCAUUUCGAGGUCAUACUUACCACUUUCAGGAAUACCGUAGGACUAGACAACCUCGUGGUCGGGAGGAAGUGUUCAAUUAUAGGCAUUCAUCUUUGAGAAAUAUAAUUGAGCGAUACUUUGGGUUAUUGAAGAUGAGAUUCGCUAUUUUGAGGGCAAUGCCUCCUUAUAAGUUUUCAACACAAGUAUUGAUUGUAAUGGCUUGUUGCACAUUACAUAAUUUCAUCAAAAAUCAGCAUCAGCCUGAUGACAUAUUUGAUGGUAAUGAUCCUCCUCAAAGUGAUGGUGAAGAUGAUGAGAUUGUUGAGCAUGUGCCUUCGGCUCAGCUUCGAGAAAUGGAUCAGUUGCGUAAUACUAUUGCUGAUCAAAUUUGGAAUUCUCUUUGGCACUCUUGA